UGUUUUUCCACUAGUUUUGAUUUUCGGUCGAACUGAAUGUCUGCUAGUGAGGUUCAUAGACCCUUACUGAUCGAGUGGUGCGUACUUCUAGAUCAGUUUCUGAUUAAAUCUAUCACUGUAACUACUUUGCCAUUAUGUUUAAAUAACGGAGGAUGUGCUUUUUACAUUUUUGAAUGUAUGUCAUGACUUCCGGUGUAUUCUAGGUUAUUGCACUAACACGUGCAAUAGACAGAAGUAAAGAAAAUGGAGAAUGACAAAGACUGCCGACUCUCAAAAUCAUGUAACCAGAAAAUUGAGGAUGAUGGGAGUUUGCCAUCAUCUACGUAUAUUAUUUUCUUUAUAUUAAUUAUCGAUUUGCUAGGAUUUACAGUUAUUCUGCCUUUGUUGCCUGCCAUAUUUGAAUAUUAUGACUCUAAUGAAAAGGAUCAUCUGUAUCAUUGGAUGGAUGAGAAAGUACACUAUUUUCAAAAUUAUUUUGGAUCUCCAGCUGAAUUCAAUAAAGUUUUAUUUGCAGGAUUACUUGGAUCUGUAUUUUCAACCUUGCAGUUUCUUGCUGCACCUAUUUUUGGGUCUAUAUCUGAUGUAUAUGGUCGCAAACCAGUAAUAAUUAUAUCAAUGGUUGGCAUUGCGGUAUCUCAUGCUAUUUGGUGCUUUGCUGAUUAUUUCUAUUUAUUUGUUAUUGCUCGAAUUGUUGGUGGAUUAAGUAGAGCAAAUAUUUCUCUUUCAACUGCGAUAGUUACAGACCUGUGUUCUGAAAAGAAACGUGGAAAAGGAAUGGCACUUAUUGGUAUAGCUUUUGCUAUUGGAUUUAUUGUUGGACCUAUGAUUGGUGCAGUAUUUGCGUCAAGAGCUGUAAGAUCAGAAAAUUUCUACUUUUUACCUGCAAUAUUUGCACUGGUUAUGGCAGCAACUGACAUUGUAAUUCUUAUCUUCUGCUUUAAAGAAUCUCUUCCAAAGGAUAAAAGGGCCUCCUCUAUUGGGCAAGGUCUUGCAGAGGCAUAUCAAUUUAUUAAUCCUCCAUCAUUGUUUUCAUUUAGUCCUGUGAUAGAUAUUCAGCCAGAAGAAAAGAGAGCUUUACAGAAAAUUGGGUUAAUUUAUUUUCUAUUCUUGUUUAUAUAUUCUGGAUUGGAAUAUUCCUUAAGCUUUUUAACGCACAUGCGAUUUAUGUUUACAAGUAUGCAACAAGGCAAAAUGUACUUAUUUAGUGGUUUGAUAAUGAUAGUUAUUCAAGGUGGGUAUGUACGAAGGAUACCAGCAGGAAAGGAAAUUGGAUCAGCAGCAGUAGGUGCAUUUCUGAUCAUUCCAGCUUUUGUACUUAUUGGUAUGUCAAAAAGCAUAGAAGUACUGUAUCUUGGCCUAGCACUUUAUGCAUUUGCAUCGGCAACUGUCGUUCCCUGCUUAACAACUAUUGCCUCCAAGUUUGGAUCUUCUAGACAGAAAGGCACAGUACUUGGAAUUUUUAGAUCUCUUGGGUCAUUAGCAAGAGCUUUUGGGCCAGUUGUUUCGGCCAUUGCAUAUUGGAGUUUGACUCCUACAGUGUCAUACUGCAUUGGUGGAAUUCUACUCAUUGUGCCACUGAUUUUGAUUUUAAGUUUGAGGAAAGAAUUAUCAAGACAGACAGUGAAAGAGGACUGAUUUUUAAAUGUAUUUGAUACUGAUGUUUUUGACCAAUAUUUCUUGGGUAUUUACAUAAGCAAGUCUUUCUCAUUUUUUUUUCUUUUUUGUAAAAUAUAUUUUACUAUUUGUAAAUUAAAAUAUAUUCUAUUUCUUGAAAA